CUUGACCGGAAGCUCUGACGGAUCGAUCCCCGAAAACACCCACUGGUGAAUAAUUUACCGAUGAUGUGAAAAGUUCCAAUACUUCCUCAAAGGCUAGCUAAGAGCUUUAAAAAUGAUAGGGGGUUUGUUUAUAUACAACCAUAAAGGAGAAGUCCUUAUCUCCAGAGUGUACAGAGAUGAUAUUGGGCGCAAUGCAGUGGAUGCCUUCCGAGUGAAUGUCAUCCAUGCUCGGCAGCAAGUUAGGUCUCCUGUCACCAACAUUGCAAGGACAAGUUUUUUUCAUAUCAAGAGGUCGAACAUCUGGUUGGCUGCGGUCACUAAGCAGAAUGUCAAUGCUGCUAUGGUGUUUGAGUUUCUUCACAAAAUGACUGACGUUAUGGCCGCCUACUUUGGCAAGGUCACGGAAGAAAAUAUCAAGAACAACUUUGUUCUCAUCUAUGAGAUACUGGAUGAAAUUCUUGACUUUGGCUACCCCCAGAAUACAGACACUGGAAUCCUGAAAACAUUCAUCACACAACAAGGUGUCAAAUCUCAGACUAAGGAAGAGACCAGCCAAAUCACCUCCCAAGUUACAGGCCAGAUCGGCUGGCGUCGGGAAGGCAUCAAGUACCGACGGAACGAGCUCUUCCUGGAUGUUCUGGAGUCUGUGAACCUCCUUAUGUCACCACAGGGCCAAGUGUUGUCAGCACACGUUGCGGGUCGCAUCGUUAUGAAGUCUUAUCUAUCUGGAAUGCCUGAGUGCAAAUUCGGCAUCAAUGACAAGGUUCUCAUGGAGAGCAAGGGGGGUAAAUCUGGGCAGGAUGAGGGACGUGGAGGGUAUGUCAAGAGCACCUCAGGUGCCUCCUCGACAAAGACGUCUAUUGCCAUUGAUGACUGUCAAUUCCACCAAUGUGUGAAACUAAGCAAGUUUGAAACGGAACAUAGUAUCAGCUUUAUACCUCCAGAUGGAGAGUUUGAACUAAUGAGGUACCGCACAACCAAGGACAUCAGCCUACCGUUCAGGAUUAUCCCCCUUGUGCGAGAGGUUGGUCGCCAAAAGAUGGAAGUGAAGAUUGUUGUGAAGUCAAACUUCAAACCCUCGCUCCUGGCACAAAAAGUUGAGGUUCGCAUCCCAACCCCCCUGAACACCAGUGGCGUACAGGUGAUAUGUAUGAAGGGAAAGGCGAAAUACAAGGCUAGUGAAAACGCCAUCGUCUGGAAGAUCAAGCGUAUGGGGGGAAUGAAGGAGUGUCAGCUGAGUGCAGAGAUUGAGCUGCUGAACACGAACGACAAACGAAAGUGGACCAGGCCUCCCAUCUCCAUGAAUUUUGAGGUACCAUUUGCACCAUCGGGCUUCAAGGUUCGCUACCUGAAGGUGUUUGAGCCCAAGCUGAACUACAGUGACCACGAUGUUAUCAAAUGGGUGCGCUACAUCGGGCGCAGCGGCCUCUAUGAGACAAGAUGUUAGUCUGCUUGUGACUCCCAACACCUGCCAGCAUGUCUUGGGCGAUUGAAAGACUUAAACUGAACAAACAACAUAGAUGAUAUAGAAUUGAGAUAUUUCUGUAAAAAAUCAUCUGGAAAAGCAUUAUCUAAACAAAAUACAUCCACUCAGAUACAUGAUGAAAGGUUAUAAUUUGACUUUGAAAACGCUCAGUCGUUGAUUUUUAAUUUAUCUUUUUAGUUAUGAGGUUGCUCUUCUAUGAUUAAAAUAUGUGAACUUAUUCAGUUUGUACAAAAGGAUUUUUGAAACAUAAACCUAUUAAGGUAGGCUUUCCUUAGGUUUUCUAGAUAACAGCCCUAAGUACAGUAUAGUGCAUGGCCAAAAAGGUAUGAAGCCAUGAAUUUUUCUGUUGGACCGCAAAUAAUUUAACCAGCCUUAAGCGUCAAACUAGUGCAUGGUGCACAGAUGGACAUUGCUUUGGCGCAAUCAAUUGUUAACAUUUUAGAGAUAAAAGUUUUUUUGGACUACAGUAUUUUUGAAAAAAUGUAAAAUUUUAAUUCAUAUAAUAGAUAUUUAACUUUUGUUCAGAAUGUUAUGUAUGCGGUUGCUGCCCUUGACUCUUGGAAGUUGGCUAUAUUUACAAACAUUAAAAGAGGCCAGACUUUGGAUUAAGGCUUGAUGCAAUAUGUUUAGAAUAAUGAAUUUUGUUGAGUGUUUUCACAAUAUAUGUAUACAUUGUCAAUAGCUAGUGGACUGGUGUAUGUGUAUAUGAUUUUUCUCUUCAUUUUAAUUCAUUCAUUUACAUGUACCUACUGUAGUUAUGAAUAAAAAAAACAUGAAAAAAUAUUCAGUUAUUUACUUUGUGAAAUAUUGGCAAUGUAUAGCAAAUAAAAUGGUUUCUUAUUUA